AUGCCACCCGAAGGGAAGCACGACGGCUGGGAUACUGCCAAUUUGCCCAAGCCUAGACAGGGGAAGUCGAGAGGCAGAAGUCCGGUUCGAACCACAGACCUUCCGGUCAGUAAAUUGGUGCUCCAACCGCUGAGCGUGAUAGGAAGAUACCCGAAAAGUCUCUACGAGUGCUCCACCUUAAUGGACAAUACGUCAUCACAUUCUAAUACGAUUCUCCUGCUUACCACGACCAGGUUAAUAAUGAACGUGGUGAAAUCGCUCCCACCAAAGAGAGUAACUUCAACAAUGUGA